CAAUUCUAUCAAUCAAACAUUUUCAAAAUUUUUGCAGGUUCUAAAUUAUUUUGGCAAAAAAAUUAACUUUUGAAGCUUUUUACUUUUUUUAAAUUCUUUAUAGAAUGUUUUUUUGACACUUAAAGAAAAUUAUAAGAAUAUAAUCCUGUUUGCCUGUUACGAAAACAGACACCACACUCUGUGUUGUUAUAAGAGAUUCAUCCAUCCAUAGAUUUGAUUCAUAGUACUUCUCACAAUAGAUAUUGCGGUUUACGAAGUAUUAGUGAAAUCAAGCACGCUGUGUAAGAUGAAGAUGAUCACAAUGAAUUGAUAUUAAGAAUGAAUAGAAUAAUUUUUAGUGACCAUCAGAAAAGAAACAAAACAAGAUGAUGUAAUCGAAAUAGUUUUUCAACGAAACAAGCCUCUUGAUCAAUAUCAAAGAAAGUAGGAUUUUUCUCAAGCCGUUUAUAUCAUAACUCGAUAUGACGUUUUAUACUCUAAUGCUAAUAUUGUUUGGAGCCGUGCAGAAAUGCUUUGCACAAGCAUGCAGCAGAGAAAGGAUGAUUAUUCUUUCCCAAUUUUACCAAAGUAUGCUAUAACUCCCCCCCCCCCCCUUUCCAAUGCAAUAUGUAGAGAAUUGUAUUGGGCGAUGUCGAGAGACAGAAGCAUAUAAAUCUUGUGGUUUUACAAAACAGGAUGUCAUUACUUUCUGUCACCUGCUUCGUACAGAUCGUUAUAAAUUGCCACAACCCACACCUCACAAUCCAACUAUAAUCUCGUAUUACGAAGCCAAAUCAUGCAACCAGUAUGAUAAAGAUCUUGUGAAGUAUUCAGUUCCACAUGCUAAAGAUUGUAAGGAUGUGUAUAAGAGAGGAUUUACCGAAACUGGUGUGUAUAAAGUAGGUGAAUUCUACAAAUAUUGUGAAAUGAACUAUCUUGGUGGUGGAUGGACAGUCGUAGAGAAGCGCUUUAACGGCGCCGUUAACUUUACCAGAACUUGGAACGCCUACAGAGAAGGGUUUGGUAACUUGAGAAACGAGUUUUGGUUAGGAAAUGAGUACUUACAUCUACUUACUAAAGAUACGGAAAACGAAGUAUUGUUUAUCUUGAAGAAAUUCAACGAUGUUACAGAAUACAUGGCGUUGUAUGAUGGUUUUAGUGUAGAUGAUGAAUCAACUAGAUACAAAUUGACGACCGGAACAUACACAGAGGAUGGAAUCGCAUCUCCUGCUGGAGACAGCUUCUCCUACCAUGAUGGUGAAGAUUUUAACACUUUUGACAGCGACAAUGCACUUUUAUGUGCACAAAGAUUUAGCGCUUGGUGGACGAAAGCCUGUCAUUUUACCUCGUUAAAUGGGGUAUACUCAACUAACGGAUCGUGCCAAAGUGGAAAGUGCAUUCACUUGCAUCCUUUUUUACCACAUGGAAAGUCUCUUGAAGAAGCAACCAUGAUGGUACGGAAGAAAAAUUAAAUAAUCAAGAGUAAAUAUUUGCCUUAAGCCAGAUUUCCACUUAAAAAAGAUACGCGUAUCGUAGCGAUAUCAGUUGAUGUGAUUAAACCAAUAAUAUAUUGGUCGAAUUGUUUAUUACUAAAGUACUUGUCAAGAAUGUUUUAUCUCUGACAAAUUAUACUUAGUACUUAAAUUCGCACCAUGUAAAUUGUGUGCUAUUUUUGCGAAUUGUUGGUCCGAUUGUUUAAAUUGGGCAUUGUUUACAUAAAAGAGUAUAAUUAGAAUGUGAAAUAAUUUUUAACUACUUUAGGGGGUUUAAUUUCACAAAUUUUAUAAUUUUUUGUUAGUUCCUGCGAAAUUAUUUUGUGAGUUUUUUCUUAGCUCCACGAAAAUUAUUAAAAAUUGCAUAAUUAAGACCUGAAUUUUAACUUACGCGUUCUUUAGGGAACGUCUGAACGUCUUCUUCAUUAAAAGGUCCUAAAAACAGUAUAAGUUGUAAAAAUGCAUUCAAUACACCUUUCCCGAGACCAUGAGUCAUACUUUUUUUUAAAACUCGUAAAAUAUGAAUACCAUAUUUGAAUUCAGCAUGUUUUGUUUAAUUUAUGUGUAAAAGUUUAACUUUAUACGCCAACAGAAAGUACUAUUUUGAGGAGAUAUAUAUCACAGUUAAAGUCUUCUUAAUGGUCAAGUUACCAUGUCCCGCCUCGUUUUCAAAAAGAGGUUGCACAUGCCACAAAUCUUUAAAUUAGAAUAGCAGGUUGUUUACUUGCUGCAUAGUUUUGAAAUUUUCUUUGUUUAUGACAUUUUUGAUAAGGAAUUCAAAUCUGUUGUCCGUUUUUCAUCAGAAAAAGUUGCAGCACAUCAAAAGAAUAAGUCUCGGGAAAGGUGUAUUUCUUUUUUUGAGAAGCAAAAUAUUAGGACUUGUUACUUUCGGCUUCGUGCUACUAAGAAUGAUAUUUUUAUACUGUAUAAUUUCUUAAUUAUAAGAUUCCAACAAUUUUAUUAAAAUCUAGCACACUCUCGAUUAGACAUAGAGGACCAUACCUUUGGAAUACUUUUUUAUCUAAUGCAAUUAAACCACACAAAACCCUUAAGUUUUUUACGAGGAGUGUAAAAAAAAUUCAUUAACGACGGAACUUAUAGACAUUUGUAAAUAUUUUAGAUACACACUCUCAAAGACCUUUGUAGAUUAUACUAAUCAUUUUUUAAUAUAUAUAAUUAUAAUAGUUUGAUAUUUAUUUCAACUCUUAUCUUUUUUGCUUAAAAAGCGGGGCUUGGUGAUAAGGCAACUUGUGCCUUCUUUUUGCUCCAGCCAUUUAAAGAAGUCCUGUAACAUUUAUAUGACGGUAAAAUAUAUACCUAUCAUGCUGUA